GGGCUCUCUGUUAAUUUAGACGGAGUUGAAGUCUCUCACAUAGACGGAGUUAAAGUCUUUCACACAACGAAGAGCAGUUUCCGCAAAUUACCAUGUCUCAGGGCGAGGGCUUUCACAAUUGCUUAUUCUCGCUCUCGCUCCGACUCUUAUUUAUGAAGCUGUCCAGCUUGCAGCAGCGUCUCCGUCGAAUUCCGGGUCGGAUCUCCGAUUAGUUUGAAUGAGAUGGCAUCUUCACAUAAUGUCGAGUUGGAAGCAGCCAAGUUUCUCCACAAACUCAUUCAAGAUUCUAAAGAUGAGCCUGCCAAACUUGCUACGAAGCUUUACGUGAUACUACAACACAUGAAGUCAAGUGGGAAGGAACAUUCCAUGCCAUAUCAAGUGAUAUCAAGGGCCAUGGAGACUGUUAUUAAUCAGCAUGGUCUUGAUAUUGAAGCUUUGAAGUCCUCACGCCUUCCUAUGUCUGGUGGAACUCAAACAGGUUCUUCUCAUGCUGUUGGUGUUGCAAAAGAUUCCAAAGCAGGCUUGACCGAAAAUGAGAUGUCUAAUAUGGACACAUUUUCUUCAAGCAGACCACCUGUUGGUCCUAGCAGUACAGGGAAUGAUUAUUAUCAAGGAUCUGCAACUCAUCGGAGUAGUCAGUCUUUUGAUCAUGAAAGUCCAUCUAGUUUAGACUCUAGGUCUACCAAUUCACAGUCACAAGAAAGGCGCGACGCAAACAAACAGGUGAAUCGAAAGGAUGGUAAAAAGCCCACCACUAAGAGGAAGAGGGAAGAUACAUCCAUGCCUAUGGAACCGCAUCCUGAAAACCCUAAACAUCUUGAUACUGGAAACGCUGCAGUUACUACAAGGAAGGGAAAGAUAAACAAGGCCGAACCACUGGCUGGUUUCUCAAGUAAAGGUGGUGAAAAUGCUAAUUUUAAUAUUGGUCCGAGUGGUGGUCAAAUGGAACAUUUUACAUCGUUCUCUGGAAGCAUGAGACCACUGCUCAGAGCCAAGCAAGAAGGUCAACCUUCAGAAAAGCAGUUGGAUGUGACAAAUACUAGCAACUCGAUGUCUCGGGCUCUGAGUUCAAAUCACCCUGAAGAAAUGGAAGUUUCCUCUACUCAUAAUGCGUUAGCACAGCAGCAAGCCACUUCUCUUACUCCUACACAUGACACUAGGGGCAUAUGGAAUCAAAGUAAAGCUGGGUUUCCAUUUGAAAAAUCUCAAGUUCCCAGAUUUUCUUCUAAUGUUGCCAUCCCAGGUAAUAUUUCAGCAGAGAUUCCGAUGCAGCAGUCAACAUCUCCAUCACCUGGAUCAAGCUCUUUUGGCAAGAUUCAAGGAGGUGUGCCAGUUGCAUCUGGUUCAUUUCAAGUAGCAGAACCUGGAUUCUCAAGUCCAAUCCAUUACAGCAGCACAUUGGCCUCAACUGGAAAGGUCUCUGAGCAUGAUGGAGGAAAUACUGAUAUACUAGCUGAUGCAAAUAAGACAUCUCAGGCUGGCAGGCAAAAUAGUGCAGUAGAAAUGAGUGUGCUGAGAAGUGCAGCUAUGAGAGAUACUGGUAAGUCUCCAGUUCACUUGGCUUCUGGAUCUCCUGGCACACCUUUCCAGGAACAGCAGUUGAAACAGCUCAGAGCGCAGUGCCUUGUCUUUUUAGCCUUCAGAAAUGGUUUGAUGCCAAAGAAACUACAUCUUGAAAUUGCACUUGGUAACAUUUUCCCUAAAGAAGAUGGGCCUCAUAAAGAGUUCAUUGACCGUAAAGUAAAAACACAGUUUUCAAAUGAGCCAAAUAUCAUUUCUGAUGCUACUACACCAUAUGGAAGACUUAACAAUGAGAGGGACACUGAUAAAAUGCUGCCCAGUGCCUUGUCCACUGGAAAAUUCCCUGAGACUAACUCUUUGUCCAAAGAAACCGAGAACCCAAAAAUGGAAGAAAAGAAUGGCCCACCUCCAGAUCACUUUGUACUUGCAGAAGAAAGAAACCAUCUUCUUGGUUUACAGAAACCAGAAUCUGAGAUGCAGACCCAGGAGACCACAAUCUCGCCGGCAUGUUUAACUAUUGCAUCACAGCAUCCCGAAUCUUCAGGUGCAAGGAGUGGUUCAACUGUCAUUAAUCCUUUGAACAAUGUGGAAAAUGGACAUUUGCAAGUUGCAAGGGCUAGCCAAACCUCUUCUUUUUCACUCAGAGAUCCUUGGAAACCAAUUUCUGGAAUUGGAAAUGACCAUCACACAGCAGUUGCAUCAAAGGAUGCUCAGAUCAUGCCGAAACAUUUGUCUCAGGGACAAGUAAAGAACGACAACCAUACUGACUUGCCACCUUCACCAAAGUACACUAUGUCAGAGAAGUGGAUUAUGGAUAAGCAGAAAAAGAAGCUUUUGGAUGAACAAACAUGGAUUCUAAAACAGCAAAAAGCGAAGCAAAAAAUUGCGACAUGUUUCCAGAAGUUAAAGGAAAAUGUGAGCUCUUCUGAGGAUAUAUCUGCAAAAACCAAAAGCGUCAUAGAACUGAAAAAGCUACAACUCUUGGGGCUGCAACGCCGUCUCCGGAGUGAAUUUUUGGGUGAUUUCUUCAAACCAAUCGGUACUGAAAUGGAUCACUUGAGAAGUUGUAAGAAAUAUAGACAUGGUAGGAGGAUUAAACAACUUGAAAAGUUUGAGCAAAAGAUGAAGGAAGAGCGACAAAAGAGAAUUCGGGAGAGGCAAAAGGAGUUCUUUGGUGAUAUCGAGGUUCACAAGGAAAGACUGGAUGAUGUGUUUAAACUUAAGAGAGAGCGCUGGAAGGUUUUCAAUAAAUAUGUGAAGGAGUUCCAUAAAAGGAAGGAACGUAUCCAUCGUGAGAAGAUUGAUAGGAUCCAACGUGAAAAGAUAAAUUUAUUGAAGAUCAAUGACGUGGAGGGAUAUCUGCGAAUGGUGCAGGAUGCCAAAUCUGACCGUGUUAAGCAACUUCUCAAAGAGACUGAGAAAUAUCUUCAAAAGCUCGGUUCCAAACUACGAGAUGCAAAGGCUUUGGCAAGCCGGUUUGAGCAUGAUAUGGAUGAUAGUGGAACUGCAAGUGUUGUGGAGAAGAGUGAGCCUACUUUUGAAAAUGAAGAUGAAAGUGACCAGGCUAAGCAUUACAUGGAGAGCAAUGAGAAGUACUAUUUGAUGGCUCAUAGUAUAAAAGAGACUGUCGCUGAGCAGCCAUCUAUUCUUAACGGUGGAAAAUUGAGAGAGUAUCAAAUGAAUGGCUUAAGGUGGUUGGUGUCACUAUACAACAAUCAUUUGAAUGGUAUUCUGGCUGAUGAAAUGGGACUAGGUAAAACUGUUCAGGUAAUUUCUUUAAUUUGUUACCUGAUGGAAACAAAAAAUGACCGAGGACCUUUUCUAGUGGUUGUGCCAUCUUCAGUUUUACCUGGAUGGGAGUCAGAAAUUAACUUUUGGGCCCCUAGUAUUCUUAGCAUUGUCUAUGCUGGUGCCCCUGAGGAGAGACGUAGGCUAUUCAAGGAAAGAAUAGUUCAACAGAAAUUUAAUGUUCUCCUUACGACAUACGAGUAUCUGAUGAAUAAGCAUGACAGACCUAAACUAAGCAAAAUACAUUGGCAUUAUAUAAUAAUUGAUGAAGGUCACCGGAUAAAGAAUGCUUCCUGCAAGUUAAACGCUGAGUUGAAGCAUUAUCAGAGCUCUCACAGAUUGCUGUUAACUGGAACUCCAUUACAGAAUAAUCUUGAGGAGUUGUGGGCGCUAUUAAACUUCUUGUUGCCAAAUAUUUUUAAUUCAUCAGAUGAUUUUUCUCAGUGGUUCAACAAACCAUUUGAAAGUAGUGGUGAUAACUCAGCUGAGCAAGCCUUGCUGUCUGAGGAAGAGAAUUUAUUGAUCAUAAACCGUCUUCACCAAGUACUUCGACCAUUUGUCCUCCGGAGGCUGAAGCAUAAGGUUGAGAAUCAACUACCUGAAAAGAUUGAGAGACUUGUAAGAUGUGAGGCUUCUGCUUAUCAGAAGCUUCUAAUGAAGAGGGUAGAAGACAAUUUGGGUACAAUUGGAAAUUCCAAGGCGCGGUCAGUGCACAACUCUGUUAUGGAGCUUCGAAAUAUAUGUAAUCAUCCAUAUCUCAGCCAGCUUCAUGCAGAGGAGGUUGAUAACUUGAUACCAAAUCAUUAUCUACCCCCAGUUAUAAGGCUUUGUGGGAAGCUUGAGAUGCUAGAUCGAUUGCUUCCCAAACUAAAAGAGACAGAUCAUAGGGUUCUUUUCUUUUCCACAAUGACUAGGCUACUUGAUGUUAUGGAGGAAUAUCUUCACUAUAAACAAUAUCGGUACCUUAGGCUGGAUGGACAUACAUCUGGGGGUGAUCGCGGUGCCCUCAUUGAUAUGUUCAACAACCCGGAUUCUCCCUUUUUUAUAUUUCUUCUCAGCAUUCGGGCUGGUGGUGUAGGAGUAAAUCUUCAAGCUGCAGAUACAGUAAUAAUAUUCGACACUGAUUGGAAUCCACAGGUUGAUUUGCAAGCACAGGCAAGGGCUCACAGAAUUGGCCAGAAGAAGGAUGUACUUGUGCUUCGAUUUGAAACUGUUCAAACUGUUGAGGAACAAGUCAGAGCUGCAGCUGAGCACAAGCUGGGAGUUGCGAAUCAGAGCAUUACUGCUGGUUUCUUUGACAACAAUACAAGUGCUGAAGAUCGAAGAGAAUAUUUGGAGACCCUUUUGCGUGAGUGUAAGAAAGAGGAAGCUGCACCUGUAUUGGAUGAUGAUGCCUUAAAUGAUCUUUUAGCUCGCAGUGAGCCAGAAAUUGAUGUCUUUGAAUCAGUUGACAGAAGAAGGCAAGAAGAAGAGAUGGAAACAUGGAGAAAGUUAGUAUGUGUACAAGGCAUGGAUGGUUCUGAGACUCUGCCUCCCUUGCCUUCUCGCCUUGUUACAGAUGAUGACUUGAAGGAGUUCUGUGAAGCAAUGAAGAUAUAUGAGGUUCCAAAAACUGGUGAAAUGUCUAAUGAUGGGGUGAAGCGGAAGGGUGGGUCUCUCGGGGGCCUUGAUACUCAACGUUAUGGCCGGGGAAAACGGGCAAGAGAGGUGCGUUCAUAUGAAGAGCAAUGGACAGAAGAGGAAUUUGAAAAGUUAUGUCAGGCCGAAUCUCCGGAUUCCCCCACAAAAACAAAAGAAGAAGUUAGAGAGUCAAACAUGCCAAAAGGUGACAAUGGGUCUGUGGUUGCUGUUUGUGAAACAGAACUUCCUGCUCCACUUCCACAACACAUAUCGUCACCCUCUGUGGACCUUUCCCAGAUGCAACAAAGUAAAGAGGUUACCCCACCAGCUAAGCGAGGCCGUGGAAGGCCAAAAAGAGCAACAUUAGUUCAAUCACCAAAUGCGAUGGCUAUUACAGCACCUUCUGGAACUUUUAAAGUGGAUACUGGGUUGCAAAGAGGGAUGGCAUCUAGCCCUGCCACAAACUUGGUCCCUGAUUCAUCAACUAGUUCUGCUAACGCACAGAGUAUUGGAGGAAUUGUACAACAUACUAGUAUUGUGGCCUCACCUAGUUCUCAGCCAAUUGCUCCUAAACCUUCUGUUACUCCUGAUUCUCAGACGACCACUGUUGGCCCUUGUCCAUCAGCACAAUCAAGAGGAAGAGGUCGGAAGACUCAAAGUGGACCAGAAGCACCCAGGCGUAGGGGAAGGAAACAGGCUCCAAUAUCACCUGGUGUUGGUGGAGUAUCUGGUCCUGAUCCAAAACAAAAUGAAGCAUCACAGAACACAUCUGUGAAUCCACUAGAAAAUCAAGCCAUUGGCAUGAGUGGAACUGUUUCUAGUACUUCCGCAGUCCAACACCCUGAUUCUUUUUCUGGUUCUGCUCCCUUACAAGUUGUGAGUGGGGCUGAUCACCAAGUUGGUAAUGCUGUAGCUUUGAGUUCGCAGCCAGACCUUUCUUCUCCAUCUAUUGCUCCUUUGUCUCAAUCUUCUCCUUCCCCUUCUGUACCCAUGCAAACAAAAGGGCAAAACCGGAAGGCGCAAGGUGACGUAGGAGUACCGCGGCGUAGGGGAAGGAAACAGGCACCAAUAUCACCUGCUGUUAGUGAUGUGUUAGUUGGUCAAGAUUUGAAACCCAAUCUGCAACCACAGGAUAAACCUGGGGAUUCAUCUGGAAGGAAAGACAUUGCCAUGCAAAGUAAGCAAGAGGCUGAGGAUUUAGCUGGUCAGGAUCUGAACUUAACCGAAGAGUCAGUAAAUUUUGCCCGAGCCAAGCAAAUAACAAGCUCAACAAUGAUGCAUGAUACAUCCGUCAGAUCCCUUGGUCCUGCAUUGGGAGAAAGUCAAAAUGUUGUUGCAUGCAAUUCUACUGUUAAAAUGAAUGAAGGUGCUGCAGCUCCUGCUAUUCCAAUUCCCAUAACUGCACCUCCAGCAGUGGAAAACACCAGUGAGGCAAACUAUGAUGUUGCUAAGACUGCUCCUAGCUCGCAGUCAAUGCCUUCCAACCCUUCUGCUCCUCUAGCUUCUCAAUCUCUCACUCCUUGCCCUUCUGAAACAGUACAAGUCAAAAGACAAGGUCGAAAGACUUCAAACAGAGCCGAAGCACCCCGUCGUAGGGGAAGGAAGCAGGCUCCGGUGUUACCUUCUGUUUCUGAUGGUCCAGCAGGUCAGGAUCCAAACUUAAGGUUUGAAUCACAGAAUGCAUCUGUUGAUUCAUUCGGGAGUAAGUCUGCUGCACUGAGAAGUAAGCAGGGUACUGAUGGACAGGAGUUGACAAAUGGUACUCAGGCCCAAGCAAGUCAAGCACAUUUAGCUAGCAGUUUAGUGGGUCAUGAUUCAAAGAGAAAAGAGGAGCCAGUCUUUUCAACCCACGGUAAGCAGCCUUCAAAUUCUUCGUCAACACUUGACAUUCCUCCAGGAUUCUCUGAUAAGAGUUCUGCUUUGGGCCGUAUCCAGACUGCUGAUGUAAGUGAUGUUGCUCGUGUGAUGAAGGAGGUCUUUUCCGGAACACGUUUGUCAAAAGCUAAAAUUCCUGAGUCAUCUGGGAGAGAAGGUAGGGUUGUCCCUUGUGUACCUGUAUCAAGUAAGGCUUCUGUGGAAUUAGCCAAAAACCAAUGUUUGGAGGAUAAAGCAGCUCCAAUUGUGUCAACUUUGGAAGCAGCAGCCCGUGUACUUGACCUUCCAGCAAAUUACAAGAAGCAAUCUGGGACUGGUGUUAGUGCAGAAGGGGAGAGGGACAAGCCACCUGCUUUGAAUGAAACCCAUGUUCCCAUCACAAAUAUGGACCAACACGAGGGCAAGGCAGCUCUAGGCUCCACUAAAGAAUUGGAAGACUCAAAACAACUCUGUGUUGAUGGUUCGACUAUGGUGAGUAAAACAGAUACUGUUGUUCAGACAUUGGCUCGAGAUGCUGAUGUGCCUACUUCUAGUAUAGGGUCUUCUGGUGGUGUGUUGAAUUCAUCGUUAAUAUUGGAAAGUAACAUUGAGCAUGCUGAGGUGAUUGGGAGAGAUUCUGGACAGAAAACUGAAUCUUUUUCAGUAGAGUCUCAUAAAUCCUCUUCUGUUGAGCACCCUUUAAUGUCCAAGGAUACUGAUAAUGCCAGUCUUCAUCUUGGUGUUACACCUCCUGUUCCUAGGGUCCCAAUCGAGUCAAGCGAGGUGGGCCUUCCUGCCAUGGUAGAUUCUGAAAACAAAAAAGGGAGUUUUGCUAAAGAGAAUCCAACAUCUCCUUGUAUUACUGAGGAUGCCGGCUAUCAUUCUGAAGACCCUUCACCUAUUACUUCAAGUCCAGAUCAUUCAGUUGCUGCUCCUGGUGUUACUGAAAUGACCAAAAUAAAUUCAGCAGACAAAUCAGAGCAUUCUUCAAAAGAGUCCCAAGAAUCUUCCCCUCAUGAUAGAAAAACCAUUGUGCUCACGUCAUCUGAAAAUGUUUGUCCUCGAGAAAGUGCACCAUCGUCUCUGGGUUUAGGGGAUGUAGUGCCUCCUGUUAUGGCUGAGAAUAACCCUGGAAGAAAGAAUGAGCCUGCUUCAGAAGGUUGUACACAAUAUUCUCCUCAGAGCCAUGAUAAUUCCACAAUUAUUCCCUCAAUGCUAUAUAUUGAUUCUGGGCGGGGUUCUCUUGACAAAGUUGACAUGCCUUUUACAGAAUCUGAAGUUGUUAAUAAUGAAGGUAUUUGUUUAAAUUCAGAACUUUCAUCCAAGAUUGAUGAUUCUGAAGCUUCUCAUGAAUUAGUUGGUGGUGCUUCAGGGCGUAAUACCACUAUGCAUGUUAUUCCUUCUGAAAAGGGCAUCUUGGAACUUGGAACUGAAAUGAUUGGGGAUGGUAGUAUUGAUGCUUGCAAUAAGGAAGUGGUCCCUGCUGAGGGUGAUCAAAUGGAUAUUUCUCAUGCUGUUAGUUGUCCACAUGAAGAAGUAUUGGAAACGGUUUUACCCUCAUCUUCUUUAAUAGUGGCGGGAGAAAUUCAUGACUCAUCUGAUAGAGCUCAAGUUGGCAGCUAUAGGGCACAGGAGAACCAAAAACUUUCUCAUCCUGCCUUGGUUGUUUCUCAGGAUGGUAAAUUUGUAUCAGAAGAUAAAUCAGAAGUCUUGCUGUCAUCUUCUGUAGGGGGAGCGGAAACAGUGGAGGGCUCAUCCAUGAAAUGCCAGAGUAGCAGCUCACAAUCUCCAGUUGAUCAGGAUCACCAUGUCACUGAAAUGAAUGUUAAAUCGCCACAACAUAUCUCUGAAAAAAUUGAUCUUCCUUCAUCUUUAAAUAUGCAGGAAGAAAAGAUUAAGGGUUCAUCUGAGAAGAGGCCAAGUUGCAGCUCAGUACUACUGGAAGACGUUAAAGGUUCUGGAGCUUUAACAGUUAAAAUGGAUUUAUCUCAGGUUCAUGGAACUGUGCAAGAAAAUAUUUUAUCAGAAGGAAUGACUGAGGAGGGGAUGACUAAGGAUAUAUCUAAGACUUUUCAAGUUUGUAGCUCAUUACCUGUGGAGGAACCAGAAGUUUCUAGAGCCGAAAGAGAUGCUCUAAUUAAUUCAUCUCAGAUUGAUGAGGAUCUACCAGAAGGAGAUACUGACAUAUCUGGAAAGCGUCUACUCGGCAGUCCAGUACCAGUGGAAGAAGACAAGAUUGAUGGAACAUCUAUGGAACAUUUAUGUGGGAGUUCAGACUUACUGGGAGAAUCGAAAGGAUCUGAUACUGAAAUGGAUGUUUCUCAGGUUAGUGAGCUCCAACCCGAAAAUAUAUCAGAAAGUGUUAUUGUGCCAUCAUCUACUGUUGCAGUUAAGGAAGGAAAGAUUGAAUGCUUAUCUGAGAGCGGUCCAGCCAGAUCAAUAAUGUUGGGGGACGCAUCUGAAGCUUUAGUUUCUGAUAAAAUGGUUGUCUCUGAGGUUGACACAUUUGUGCCCGAAAAGAUGUUAGAAAAUCUGCCUUCAUCUUCCUUGACAAAAGAGCAGGAAAAUACUAAGGGCUCUUCUGAGAAGGGUCAAGAUGGCAGCUCAGUACAACUUGAGGAAUCAACUGGAAAGGAAGACGAGAUGGGUCAUCUAAUGGAAACACCCAGAUCUUCUGGGGAUUUGCUUGUAAGAGAAAGUGUUGAUUCAGAAGAGGAGGUUCAGCGGUUAUCCAAGAAGGAUCCUAUAAGCAGCUCAGCGCCGCUGUUAGAAUCAUUGAUUUCUGAACCUGAGACAAGUGAUCGUUCCGAUGCAUCCAAGGUUGGCAUGGUGCCGCUAGAAGAUAGAAUGGCGGAGGACAUUGACCUGGCUGCAUCCUCCUUAGAGACAGAAGGAAGAGGUAUAGAUCAUCCAUCUGAGGUUCUAGAUGGCAGCUCAGUGACGGAGGGUCCAAAAACACCUGUAGCUGACAAGGAUACUCAGAUGAAUGCUCCUGAUGCUUGUGAGAGGGAGCCAGAAGUUGUGUGUCAUCUGUGGAUAUGCCUCUGGUUACCUCGACCAUGGUGGAUGAUGGUGUCAAGGGCUCGUCUGAAGCAGUGCCUAUAGGCAGCUCCAAAUCACCAGAGGAGUUGGAAUGUGAAGCUAAAAUACUUGAUGCUUCUCACGUUUGUGUGGAAUUGUCAGAGAAUGUGUCUGAAAGCAUGGAUCAAACUCCGGUUAUCUUGAUCAAUCAGGGCGAUAGUGUUGAAGGUUUAUCUGAGGCAAGGCCCGUGGGCAGCACCGAAUCACCAGAGUCAUCAAAAUCCGAAGCUAAAGUUGCUGAUGCUUCUCAGGUUUCCGGGACAAUCCCAGAAGUUGCAUCUGAAAAUGUGGAUCAGCCUCCGGUUAACAUGGCUGUGGAGGGUGACAACAUUGACGGCUUGUCGGAGGCAGGGCCUAUGGGCAGCUUGGAAACACCAGAGGAGUCCAAAUCUGAAGCUAAAGUGGGCGAUACUUGUCAGGUUUCUGGGACAAUGCCAGAAAAUGCAUCCGAAGACAUGGAUAUUCAGCCAUCAUUAACGGCGGAGGAGGGAGAAAAAGUGGAGUUACCAGCUGAGGGAUCUGUUGGUGGUAGCUCAAUGGAACAGCCUUGAAGUUAAUUAAGUGCCUGACAAGAGAGUUUUUGUACAGCUUCUUAGAGCAUAAAAACACCUAAACCAACUAUUCAGUAAAUUAUAGUUUGUCCCUUCAAAGGGGAAUCAGGUUCCUAUUUUGUAUGUAGAUAAGGUAUUUUGUGGAAGUGUCUUCCAUUAAUUUAAUCUGUCAAGCCCUCUUUCUA